AUGUCGAGCGCCGUGAUGGUUGGCUCGAGUCGCCUCAGGCGAUGCAACAGCGGGUCAAACCUUGAGCGUCAAGUUGCUCAACUGCAGGGUCAACUUGGCCUGUUAGUCCGGAUGCAGCCGUACGGCUCUCAUCCUGUGGCAAUUUCACCCUCGAUGACUCUACCGCCCGCUGCCUUGCAGCCUCCCAAGGCUCUGCAGCUUCCUGCUGGCCCGCAGUAUUCUGUGUUCUCGAACUCUGGUGCUGUGCUUCAGCCUCCUGCUGCCUCGCAGCCUCUCGCUGCUUCACAGCCCUCUUCCGACCCGGCGCUAGCGCUCAGAGCUCACCCGAGCAGGGCCCGGUAUAGCUUAAGCAAGCCAACAUAA